AAGACCCAACGCGAGCCAGUGCAAGUCAAAAGAUGUCCAUUCGUCGUGUGUGUGCACCUUUUCAAACAUCUCUUGUCCUUGUAAACUGCGGCAGAUAGUGGUAUUUCAACCAGAGUCGAAUAUCCCUUUGUAGCUUGGCUGGUCUCCACGCUUGUUGCAGACUGCAACAAAACAUCCUUGCCCAAACCACUCGUCCUUCCGGAACAUUUCUCCUCGGCGCCCAACAACAAACAUGUGCACAAAAAUUGUCCAUGUCUUCAAAUGCGGACAUCAGCAAGUGGAUCUGGCUCCUUGCGCCGCCUCGAGAGUCGCAAAAUGUCCCAACUCGCAAGACAAAAGGAUCAACCACGAUCAACGCUGUUCAAAUUGCCGGAGAUGACAAAUUCCACUCGAAUGAUCAAUUGCGGUGUAGGAUAAUGCAGAGACGACGUCCGAUCUGGAACGAAAUGUUUAAUGUUCUACGAAUUGGUUGUUGGCAAGAGUCAUGGCUGGCGUUGACAUGGGUUGGUUUUUUCAUAUUUUACUGGAACUCAUGGUGAACAUCGUUCAUCGGCGUUUGGCUAGUCAAAAAGGGCAGGUUUAGCGCGGCGUAUGGUUAUGUUGGCAGUCAACUCGUCCAGCAAACACUGGACAAGAAAUG